GGUGAAGCUAGAGUAGGAGCAAAGGGUUUAUGGUUGAAAAUGUUUUUAAUGGUAUAAACUACACAAGCACCGACUUCUGUGAAGUUUGUAUACACGUGGCAGUGUCAAAGUUCCAUAUAAUUGCAUCGUCAGCGUUUUCUCAAUUUUUCUACCUGAGACUGCGUACAGCCAAACAGCGAUUUCUGCGGACGUGAGCAUAUAAGUUUCGAGUAAAAACGGUCUACGUUCACUUCUCAGGGACACCCACAACCUUACCUGUGGCUGAACACUAUUGGGAGAAGCCACCCAUCGUCAACAGAAGCUGCAGGUGAAAAGGACAGGGUUAACGACUCAUUCCAGCAUAUCUAUGUCGACGUGAGAAGUACCGAAGACAGUGAAAAGACAGCUUUGUGGUGAAGAUAGAGAGGAAAGAAUACUGAGGGACACGGGUGGGUAGCCAAGAACGUCCUCCCCUGUUUGCUAUGCUGACACCUCUCCGCUCCAGUGAAACUCACAUUAACUCUGACCUCACAACCAAGUGGUUCCAAAAUCUUGCAGGCGAGGGGUUCGGUGAAACACCUGAGGCAUUUUGACUGCUUGUCUAACCACCAGCAGAUACACACCAAACAUGUCAAGUCCAGAAUACGAAUUUUAUUCAAGUGUCGACGCUCAGUACGCAGAGCUGAUGGAGAGUAAUAUCAUCCCUGAAGAAGAAACUGUAUCUAAACCUUAUGCCCUCAGGUUGAGACAGCUUAAUGAACGAUCCAUAUAUGCAGGUAUUGUUUCAGACGAUGACUCUGAUGACAUAAAACUCUCCAGUGGCGAAGAAUACAUACCAGAUUCAGACGAAGAUGAUGAGGAACCACCGAAACCCAAGUCGUCUCAAGAAAAGCCGACACAAACUCGACAGCGUGUAAAAGUAAAUAGAGGUACACGAUAUUGUAGCAACAGAAAAAGGUUUCAUCUGCAGAAUGUCUUUGAUGCUGCAAGUGAUGAUGAUUGCGAUCCAGAAUCUGAACAGGAAAAAGAUUAUCUUGGUCCACGAACGACAAUGCCACCUAAGAAAAAGAAGCCAACGAGAGCUCAACAGUGUACAGAAGAAAAUGGAGAAAGAUGGUUUCAUCUGCAGAAACAUGAUGUCUUUGACUUUUCAAGUGGCGAUGACUGCAAACAGGAAUCUGAAGAGGAGAAUGGUGACGACGACGAGGAGGUUGGUCGACAAAAUUCAAUCUUUAUGAAAGAAAAACCGAGAAUAUGUCGAGAAAAAAGAGAAACUAAGCACAACGAUCUCCCGAGGAAAAAACUCCGUCUUCAGGAUGAGAACACAGAAGAAACAGAUUCGCUUGAGAACCAGACUUCGUUUCCGCCAUACGGCACUCUCAACUACCCAUCCGAGACCCAAACUGUAACUCAACACAAAAUAUCGCAGAAAGAAAAACAAUCAGAAGAACAGAAUACGACAUAUGAGCCUGUAGUUCAACACCAAGACUCGCAAGAAAAGCAGUCGGAGGGUGAGGACAUCACACAGGACGCCGACUUUCCGCCUCACAUUCGAGCUCCUUCGAUAAACAACGAAGACAGCCACAGACAACAGUGUUGUCCAUUCUGCCAUGGACCAUACAACAAACUUCCGAGCCAGUUCUACGAUCCAUCCGAGAAACAAUCUGCAACUCAGCAUCGAAACUGGCGAAAAGAUAAACAGUUGGGAGCUCAGGACUCCACCUACAACCCUGUAACUCGUCCUCGAAAUAACUCACAGAUAGAAAAUCAGUCGGAAGAGCAGGACACCAUACACGAUCCUGCUGUUUCGUCUAAAAUCAGGGUUCUAUCAACAAACAAUGAAGAUGGUCGCUCGUUUGACAAAAAGCAGUAUUGCCCUUUCUGCCUGAAGUCAUACUGUAAACUUCCACCGCACCUGGAGGCAAUGCACUCGGAGGAAAGGGAAGUGGCUAUUCUUCUUUCCUUGCCCAAACGACUGAAGCGUGAGCGAAAAAUGCAGCUUCAGCGUCUUAGAAAUCUUGGUAAUUAUAAGCACAAUAACCAAGUGAUAAGAGAACAACAGGGAGAUUUUAUAGUAGUAUAUAGACCGAGAGAAAACGUUUCGUAUACAAACUACCUCCCGUGCGUGCAUUGCCUUGGAUUCUAUGUUAGAACCGACCUCUACCGACACACACGAGAGUGCAAACUCAAACGCCAGAAAGCUGCGAGGUACAGUAGGGUCCAAGAAGCCGCCCGACUGCUCCUUGAUGUCCCUUUCGAGGCAUGCGAAGGUCUCCGGAGAGUCCUGUCCAAAAUUUCUAUGGACGGCAUCUCAGUGAUUGUCAAAGGGGACAGACUAAUAAUAAGCUAUGGUCAGAAACUCUUCAUGAGGUACGGCCACAACAAAGAUCAACAUGAACUUAUCAGGCGAAGGCUUCGGGACCUUGCUCGACUUCUGCGCGGGUUGCGGAAGACUCACGGCAAUGGCAAAAUUCUGUCUGACUUCAUGGCGCCCAAAUAUUUCAAAGCCAUAUGUAGCGAGAUCAAGAACAUCGCCAGCUUCGACGAGACUAGCAACACGUUUGGGGCGCCAUCAGCUGCGGAAAGAAUCGGACUGGCCGUGAAAGAAGCUGCGAGAAUACUGCAAUCGAAGGGUCUCCAAAACGGCGAGGACGAGUUAUUCAAGCAAGUGUCUGGUCUCCUCACGUGCUUUGAUAACGAGUGGAAGGACGAGGUUGGUGUCCACACGCGACGUACAUACAAAGAACGACACAGAAAUAAAAUGCUCGUGUUGCCUGUCACAGCAGACGUGCAAAAAUUAGCAAGGUACGUGGAGAAGGAAGGAAACGCGGCUUACCAAAAUCUCAUCAAGAACAAAGAAGAUUCCAGCGCCUACCGAAAGCUGAGAGACUGCAUUCUCGUCAGCCUCAUGACCGUUUAAUCGUCGCCGACAAG